AUUUGGAAAUACCAUUUUGCGGCUGGGCACUAGAUUUUUCCCUACGUCAGGGUAGGGAGCGUGCUGUCGGGAGCGAGCUCGGCCUGAGGGCCAAGUUACGUCACUGCCGCGCGCGUGCUCUUUCGCGGGCGCGCGCCUCCCGGCUAGUUCUGGGGCCCCGGCGGGGUAGGAAAAUGAUGGAACAGGCGGAGGCAGAGGCGACCGACUGUUGAGUGGAGCCUGCGGAGUCGGCCAAAAUGGGGUCGGGCGCGGGGUCGCCUUUUGCGACCCGCCGUUUCCAGUGGUUGCUGUUGUUUGGCUUGAUGGGCCCAGUCCUCGGUGGGGCGCGGCCAGGUUUUCCACAGACCUCGCAUCUCUCUUCUUAUGAAAUUAUAACACCUUGGAGAUUAACUAGAGAACAAAGAGAUGCCCCUAGGCCCAAUUCAAAACAGGUAUCUUAUGUCAUUCAGUCCAAAGGAAAGGAACAUAUUAUUCACCUGGAAAGGAACAAGGACCUUUUGCCUAAAGAUUUUGUAGUUUAUACCUAUAACAAGGAAGGGGUUCUGUUUUCUGACUAUCCCGAUAUACAGAAUCAUUGCCAUUAUCGUGGCUAUGUGGAGGGAGUUUACGAUUCAUCCGUUGCUCUUAGUGACUGUUUUGGACUCAGAGGAUUACUGCAUUUAGAAAAUGUGAGUUACGGGAUUGAACCCCUGCAAAACAGCUCUCACUUUGAGCAUGUAUUUUAUCAAAUGGAUGAUGUUCACAAAGAACCUUUCAAAUGUGGAGUUUCCAGUAAGGAUAUAGAAGAAGAAACUACAAAGGAUGAAGAGAAAGAGCCUCCCACUAUGACUCAGCUACUUCGAAGAAGAAGAGCUGUCCUGCCACAGACCCGAUAUGUGGAGCUGUUCAUUGUUGUAGACAAGGAAAGGUAUGAUUUGAUGGGGAGAAAUCAGACAGCUGUGAGAGAAGAGAUGAUUCAUUUGGCAAAUUACUUGGAUAGCAUGUACAUUAUGUUAAAUAUUCGAAUUGUGCUAGUUGGACUGGAGAUUUGGACAAAUAGAAACCUGAUUGACAUAGGUGGGGAUCCUGGUGAUGUUUUGGGGAACUUUGUACAGUGGCGGGAAAAGUUUCUUAUAACACGUCGGAGACAUGACAGUGCUCAGCUAGUUCUAAAGAAAGGUUUUGGUGGAACUGCAGGAAUGGCAUUUGUGGGAACAAUAUGUUCAAGGAGCCACUCAGGCGGGAUUAAUGUGUUUGGGCAAAUGACUGUGGAAAUAUUUGCAUCCAUUGUUGCCCAUGAAUUGGGUCAUAAUCUUGGAAUGAAUCAUGAUGAUGGAAGAGAUUGUUCAUGUGAAGCAAAGAGUUGCGUCAUGAAUUCAGGAGCAUCAGGUUCCAGAAACUUUAGCAGCUGCAGUGCAGAGGACUUUGAGAAGUUAACUUUGAAUAAAGGAGGAAAUUGUCUUCUUAAUAUUCCAAAGCCUGAUGAAGCCUAUAGUGCACCCUUCUGUGGUAAUAAACUGGUGGACCCUGGGGAAGAGUGUGACUGCGGUACUCCAAAGGAAUGUGAAUUGGAUCCUUGUUGUGAAGGAAGUACUUGUAAGCUUAAAUCAUUUGCUGAAUGUGCAUAUGGUGAUUGUUGUAAAGACUGCUGGUUUCUUCCAGGAGGUACUUUAUGCCGAGGAAAAACCAAUGAAUGUGAUGUUCCUGAGUAUUGCAAUGGUUCCUCUCAGUUCUGCCAGCCUGACGUUUUCAUUCAGAAUGGAUAUCCUUGCGAGAAUAACAAAGCCUAUUGUUACAAUGGCGUGUGCCAAUAUUAUGAUGCUCAGUGUCAAGUCAUCUUUGGUUCAAAAGCCAAGGCUGCCCCCAAAGAUUGUUUCAUUGAAGUGAAUUCUAAAGGUGAUAGAUUUGGCAAUUGUGGUCUCUCUGGCAGUGAUUACAAGAAAUGUGCCACUGGGAAUGCUUUGUGUGGAAAGCUUCAGUGUGAGAAUGUGCAAGAGAUGCCUGUAUUUGGAAUUGUACCUGCUAUUAUUCAAACACCUAGUCGAGGCACCAAAUGUUGGGGUGUGGAUUUCCAGCUAGGAUCAGAUGUUCCAGAUCCUGGGAUGGUGAAUGAAGGCACAAAAUGUGAUUCUGGAAAGAUCUGUAGAAACUUCCAGUGUGUAGAUGCUUCUGUUCUGAAUUAUGACUGUGAUGUUCAGAAAAAGUGUCAUGGACAUGGGGUGUGUAAUAACAAUAAGAAUUGCCACUGUGAAAAUGGCUGGGCUCCCCCAUAUUGUGAGACUAAAGGAUACGGAGGAAGUGUGGACAGUGGACCUACAUACAAUGAUAAGAAUACUGCCUUGAGGGAUGGGCUUCUGGUGUUCUUCUUUGCAAUUGUUCCCCUUGGUGUGCUUGCUACUGUUGUUUUCAUCAAGAGAGAUCAAAUACGGAAAAGCUACUUCAGAAAGAAGAGAUCGCGAACACAUGAAUCAGAUGGGAAAAAUCAAGGAAAUGUUUCCAGACAGCCACCAAGCACUAGUGUUCCUAGGCACGUCUCUCCAGUGACCCCUCCUAGACAAGUUCCUAUAUAUGCAAAUAGAUUUCCAGUACCAACCUGUGCAGCCAAGCAGCCUCAGCACUUCCCAUCAAGGCCACCUCCACCACAACCGAAAGCAUCAUCUCAGGGAAAUUUAAUUCCUGCUCGUCCUGCUCCUGCACCUCCUUUAUAUAGUUCCCUCACUUGAUUUUUAAUUUUUUUUACAAAUGUCUUCAGGGAACUGAGCUAAUACUUGUUUUUCCCCCCGACGUUUUCUUGAAAAGCCUUUCUUCCUGUUGGAACUAUGAAUGAAAACAAAAUUAUCAUACACACAAAAAACUUUACUAACACAGAAAAACAGAAACUGAAUGUGGAAAUUACAAGAGAAAUGCACUAAAGCCAGAGAAUUUAGAGUAACAUUUCCAUUUCCAUCAAUGAAUAAGCCUUUUUCAGUCAUCUGUGAGGUUAAUGCACUUAACAUGGAUUAUGUUAUUUUGAAUAUGUUUUGCAAAGAUUCUCAAAUUAACUGUAAUGGUGUUAAGAUUUUUGAAUUUUUGACCUUAGUUGUCAUUAAUGUAGUUUCUGGUUGACCAGGUGAUAACCUAAUACAUAUGAAAACUGAGUAGUUAGCUGCUAUUAAUAUCUGAUAUUUUUCAUCUUGCAGGGAUUAAUAAUUAUCAUACCCUAGAAUUUUAUCUUUUAUUCAUUACAGGAAUAAGCAAAUAUGCUGUUUUCAGAAGAAUGCACAAGAACCACAAUUAGGAAGUCAUACUAUUUUGAAAGUACAAAAUACAUUAUAAGAAUAUGUGUAUUUCUGCACAGUUAUUAGCUUCCAUUUUUAUGAUUUUUCAACUAUACAUAAUAACAGGCAAAUUAAUUUAGUAUUAGAAUUUCUAUUAUGAAUCAUGUUAAAGCAUGGCAUCCCUUUAUAAUAGCAUUAUUUUGAAUAAAUUACAAGCUUUAUGGUACGAGGUAUUUAAUAGACCUAAUCUGAUAUGCUGUUGAUUUAUGGUUAUAA